AUGCCUGCCAACAGGUUACAGCUUCCCAAAAUGAGACACUGGGGGCUUCUGCCAUUCCUGGUCCCCCUCAUCUUCCUGUGGAGCAUCCAGAAACCUGAGCUGACAGAGGGGUUAUUUUUCAGAUCAUGUCCGAGAGUAAGAGUGAAGUGUGAGGUUGAAGAAAGAAAUGAGUGUACGAGGCACCGACAGUGUCCGGACAAGAAGAGAUGCUGCUUCUUCAGCUGUGGGAAGAAGUGCAUGGACCUCCGGGAAGACAUAUGCAGUCUGCCACAGGAUGCUGGCCCCUGCCUGGCCUACCUCCCACGCUGGUGGUAUAAUGAAGAUACUGGCCUCUGUACCCAAUUCAUCUAUGGUGGUUGCCAAGGGAACCCCAACAACUUCCAAUCUGAAGGUAUCUGCACAGUUGUCUGCAAAAAGAAACAAAUGUCUUCCUGGAUAUGACAAGGAUGAGCUGGAAGAAACUCCAGGUCUUGGCUCCUAAUCUGAGGCUUUCUUCCCGUGAGCCCAGCACAUGCUCUGGAUUGGCUGCCAGCGGCCAAGUCUUAGCCACUGAGACUUUGGCUGUUCCCAAACCAGAACCCCAGAAUCUGCUUAUUCCCUUCCCACAAACCCAGCUGCUCCUCAGACAUCAUGAUCUUCGACCUUUGACCCCCUCUCCGUCUGGGACCCUAUCACCUCAACUUUCAGGGUUCAAAUUUAUUCCUGUGUAGACUCUACUUCCUCCUAGUAAAGGAUCCUGUGAGUCCUGA